AUGCCUAGAGCACGCUUCGAACAAAUCUUGAGAUAUAUGCAUGUUAGCGAUAAUACAUUGUUGGACCCACAAGACAAGUUCACGAAGAUUCGACCAUUGUGGGAUAAUCUAAACGAAAGGUGGAUGAGAUACUCUCCGAGAUAUGUGGAGGUGAGUAUUGAUGAAUCCAUGAUACCCUACUAUGGCCACCACAGCACCAAGCAGCAUAUCCAUGGCAAACCCAUCCGCUUUGGUUAUAAAGUCUGGUGCAUGGCAACGCGUCUUGGAUAUCUGAUUCAAGCCGAACAUUACCAAGGGGCUUCUGCCGGUAAUACUAAUCCUGACCUAGGGGUCGGUGGGUCCGUUGUCACAAAUCUGGUUUCGAAACUACCAGAUGGAUUCAAAGUCCAUGUUUACAUGGAUAAUUUCCUUACAUCGCUCCGUUUAUUGACGGCUCUAAAGCAGUCUGGUCAUCAAGGCACUGGCACCAUUCGAGCAAAUCGUGUCGAGAAAGCACCUCUGGAGUCACUUCAAAGCAUGAAAUCAAAAUCUAGGGGUAGCUAUCAUCAAAUUACCGAUGAAAAAUCGUAUAUAACGCUGAUUCGUUAUAAUGAUAACAACGUUGUAACUGUGGCCUCUUCUUGCGAAGGGGUAGCACCGAUGGGUUCUGCACAGCGAUGGUCAAGCAACCAAAAACGGAAGAUAGCGAUUCAACAACCAUCUUGCAUUCAGCAAUAUAAUAGAUACAUGGGUGGAACUGACCGACUCGAUCAAAAUGUAGGAUGUUAUCGAAUGGUCAAAAAUCCUUUGGAUUACUUAGCAUUCAUACGUGUAAUAACUACCACUUAUCUUGGAAAAUACUCCAAUCAAAGAACAUUGGGUCGCCCAUUAAAGCCUACUAAUAACGGCGAAGAGUUCCGGAUGGUGUUCGUCUAG